UCUCUUUCUGCCUUAACACUCUCCUUCUCUCACAGUAGAGAGAGAAAGUUUUUAGAGAGAGAAAGUCCUUAGAAAACCUUAAAUUUUCUUUCUUUAAUCUUUUUUUUUCCUCUGUUGUAGAUUAUUUUCAGAGAAAUCAAUUUUUCUGGGUCAUAAUUAAUUUUUUUUUUCUCAUUUUGUAAAAUUAUUAGAUCUAAUUUCUGCAAUCAUUUCCUUCUGAUUUGCUUAAAAAUGAUGACUUUUUAGCUCAAAAAAAAAAAAAAAACCCACAAAAAAGACUUCAUUUUUAUUAUGUUUUUCUUAAAGUAGAUCUGUUUUUUUUCUUCUUUUUUAAACAUAUGAAUUUAGAAAAAGGAUGAAUUAUUUCCCAGAAGAAGUAUUAGAGCAUAUAUUUGAUUUUGUAACUAGCAACCAAGAUCGAAACUCAGUAUCAUUAGUAUGCAAAACAUGGUUUAAAGUAGAAAGAGAAAGUAGAUCUCAAAUAUUUAUAGGAAACUGUUAUGCAAUUAACCCAGAAAGAUUAAUAGGAAGGUUUCCAAGAUUAAGGGUACUUACUUUAAAAGGAAAGCCUCAUUUUGCAGAUUUUAAUUUGGUACCUCAUGAUUGGGGAGGUUAUGUUUACCCCUGGAUUGAGGCUCUUGCUAAGGGUUGCCCUUCACUUGAAGGACUUAGGUUGAAAAGAAUGGUUGUUAGUGAUGAAAGUCUUGAACUUUUGUCUAAAUCUUUUCAACAUUUUAAGUCUCUUGUUCUGGUUAGUUGUGAAGGCUUCACUACUGAUGGUCUUGCUGCUAUUGCCUCCAAUUGCAGGAACCUGAGAGAGCUGGACUUGCAAGAAAAUGAGGUAGAUGAUCGCAAGGGACAUUGGCUAAGUUGCUUCCCUGAGAAUUGCACAUCGCUUGUGUCCCUCAAUUUUGCAUGCCUCAAGGGAGAAGUCAAUCUGGCAUCGCUUGAGAGGCUGGUAGCUAGGAGUCCAAAUCUUAGGAGUCUCAGGCUUAAUCGUACUGUUCCUUUUGAGACCCUUCAGAAGAUCCUUUCAAAGGCACCUCAAUUGGUAGACUUGGGCACCGGAUCCUUUGUUCAUGAUCCAAAGUCUGAGACCUACAGUAACCUUAUGACUGCCAUAUCCAAGUGUGAAUCAGUUAGGAGCUUAUCAGGAUUCUUGGAAGUUUCUGAUCGCUGUCUUCCUGCUAUUUAUCCACUAUGCUCAAACCUGACCACUUUGAACCUAAGCUAUGCACCUGGAAUUAGUGGGUUUGAGCUGACACAGCUUAUCCUUCAUUGCAAGAAACUCCAACGCCUGUGGAUAUUAGAUUGCAUUGGAGACAAGGGGCUUGCUCUUGUUGCAGAUACUUGUAAAGAAUUGGAAGAGUUAAGGGUUUUUCCUUCUGACCCAUUUGCUCCUGGGGAAGCUGCUGCUGUCACUGAGGAAGGGCUUGUUGCAAUUUCAAGUGGCUGUCCUAAGCUCAACUCUGUCCUCUACUUCUGCCACCAAAUGACGAAUGCCGGAUUAAUGACCGUGGCAAAGAACUGCCCGAAUUUCAUCCGAUUCAGAUUGUGUAUCCUAGAUCCAAUAAAACCCGAUGCAGUCACCGGGGAACCUUUAGAUGAGGGUUUUGGGGCGAUUGUUCAAUCGUGCAAGAGCCUGCGGCGGUUAUCAAUUUCAGGACUUCUGACUGACCAGGUCUUCCUGUACAUUGGUAUGUAUGCCAAGCAACUACAGAUGCUUUCUGUUGCUUUUGCUGGAGAUAGUGAUAAGGCGAUGAUUAAUGUGUUGAAUGGGUGCAACAAGCUCCGGAAGUUAGAGAUUCGGGAUUGCCCCUUUGGAAAUGCGGCACUUCUAACUGACAUCGGGAAGUAUGAAGCAAUGCGAUCCCUUUGGAUGUCGUCUUGUGAAGUGACCUUGGGGGCUUGCAAGUUGCUUGCGAGGAAGAUGCCACGGUUAAAUGUGGAGAUCAUCGAUGAGAAUGAGCAAGGGGAUUUCAAUCUCGACGAUGACAGGCAGAAAGUAGAAAAGAUGUACCUAUAUCGAACUUUGGUUGGGCCGAGGAAAGAUGCACCAGAGUUCGUAUGGACCUUGUAGUUUGUAUCUUUAGUAUGGAUUAUUUUUCCCCUGCUUAUUAUCAUGCUGUUGUAUUGCUGUUUUUUUUUUUUUUCCUUAGGCAAACUGGUUUUUGGACAUGUAGCACAUUAUGGUGAAGUACUUUCCCCAAUUUGAUGGAAAGCCUAGUAUUUUGUGUCUUUUAUACGGAGUAUGAUUUGGCUGUUGGUUAAGAGGCAAACCGAACUGAACUAAAUUGUAUUACUAAUUCUAAUGAGCACGAGUUGAGCAAAGCCUUAUUGAGCUUA